GCCUCCUUUUACAACGUCUUCACAACUCUCCGCGGUCUUGCUGUGCCUCGCUCUGUGUGGCGCCCCCCCUUCACCCAACCGCAUCUCCCGCGCACUCUUCGGUAUAGCCCAUUCAACCGAUUCUCCGCAGUGCUAAAAUAGAGAGUGAGUGAAAAGAGGGGGGCAAAAGCAAGAGAGAGAGAGAGAGAGAAAAAGAAAACGAAUGAGAGAGGCGAGGGGGCGAUACAGGGAAACACGAGAGAGAGUCAGAGAGAGUCUGAGAGAGAGUCAGAAAGAGAGAGAGCCAGAGAGACGCAAAAGAAAAACUGCUAAAUCGUCCAAGGCUCCCUAGUGGCGGAUCUUUCGUCGGCUGCACCAUUCAGUUGGACGGUCGGGAAGGAUGAGCACGUUCAGCACGCGGGCGCUCACGCUCCUCUCCUCUGUGUUUGGGGCGUGUGGCCUGCUCCUGGUGGGAGUGGCUGUGUCUACAGACUACUGGCUGUUGAUGGAGGAGGGUAUCAUUCUGCAGCAGAACCAAAGCAUGGAGGUCAAGAUGGCCCUGCACUCUGGCAUGUGGAGGGUCUGCUUCGUGGCAGGACCUGAGAAGGGAAGAUGUGUAGCAUCAGAAUACUUCACCACUGAAGCUGAGAUUGAUAUUGUGACGGAGAACACUGCAAAUAUACUGAAGAUGGUACGAACGGCCACACCCUUCCCCAUGGUGUCACUGCUCUUCGUCUUCACUGCCUUCGUCAUCAGUAACAUCGGACACAUUCGGCCCCAGCGCACCAUCCUGGCCUUCAUCUCCGGAAUCUUCUUCAUCCUCUCGGGGCUGAGCUUGGUGGUGGGCCUGGUCCUCUACAUCUCCAGUAUUAACGACGAGGUGAUGAAUCGGCCGAGGGAGCCGGAGCACUUCUUCCACUACCACUACGGCUGGUCCUUCGCCUUUGCUGCCAGUUCCUUCCUCCUCAAAGAGGGGGCAGGGGUCAUGUCAGUGUACCUCUUCAUGAAGCGCUACGCCGAGGAGGAGAUGUACCGGCCUCACCCGUCCCUCUACCGCCCCCGCCUGUCCGAGUGCAGCGACUACAGCGGCCAGUAUCUGCACCCCGAGUCGUGGCCUCCUCCGCAGCGUGGGCGCAGCGCGUCCGAGGUGUCCAGCGACAUCUCCAUACAGCUGAACCAGACGCCCCCGCCUCCGAAGGGGGGCUCCCAGCAGCAGGCCCCGCCCUCUGGCCCCUCCUUGGGCGCCGACUACCAGCAGUCGUCUUCCUCGUCGUCCUCCUACCCCCACCGCGUCAUGUCCUCGCGCCCCCUCCACUCCAGCCACCACACCUCCUCGCACCCCAGCGGACCUCCCCCCCAGUCCUUGCCCAUGGCCAUGCCCCCCUCCGCCCAGCCCCCUCCACGCUACCACCAACACAUGCGCAUGAGCGCCUCGCCGUGCUAGGCGAAGCACAAUGCGCGCGCACACACACGCACACAGAUACACGCACACACACAAACACAGAGAGGGUGGGGAGGAGUGAUAAUGGGAUGGAAGAGGGAGAUUUAGGAGAUGAAGAAAAAGACGGAUAUGAGUGAGAACAAGAAAGAAAAGGAGGUGAAGGAUGAUAAUUGAUGAUGAUGAUACCUAAGAUGAAGACAAACACUUCAGUAAACUUUAUGAGAGUUAGGAAAUGAAAGAGAGGUAUGAUAAUUACACAGACAAAUUGCAAAAGGAGGUGAGUGGGUUGACUCGAAUGGGCUGGUGCCUUUUUCAGCAGAAGGAGCAAGCAAAGCAUUUCGAGCACUAACACACACAAAGCAUCAAAGAACAAAUUGUAUAUGCAUAGAGAUUUAUACUUAAAAUGUAUAGAAAUUUUUCUUUAUCUAACUCCUGGGGGGAAAACAAUAUGUUGAAGUCCUUCCCAUGGUUGUCUUUCAUGAGCUGUGUAAUGCCGUACGAUUAGGUCCAUAAUUUUCGGAAUAGUUGGUAUUUAAGAGGAAAGCGUUGGGGACGAACGUUCCCGCAGUGUUUUUAGGUACAGAAACGGGAGCCUUCUGAAGACGUUUAUUAAGAGGAUUCUGAGACUAACUGAAACUGUACAUAAUGUAACAUAUCAGGUUCACCUCUGCAGUAACAUUAUUUUACAACUGGUAUACAGUACAUGGCCACGGUGUAGGCUUCAGCAUACAGUUUGGAAUCCAUGCAAAACACUUGAAUUUAGUUUUUUAUGCUUUUGACUAACAUGACAAAAUUCUUGACUUUACGUAAGUCAUGGCUUAGGCUGAAAAUAUAAAACAGCACCCACUUCACCACCAAGACUGAGGGCUUCUUGCAGUUGCCAUUAGACAUAUUGUCCCCCUUUGACUGCUAAUUAACUCAAGCGUUCGUAUUCUGUGGCACGUGGCUGCUUACUGCUGGAAUGGAGCGUCUUUGUUAACCUUCGGUGUUGCUGUAAGAGUUUCCCUUAUAGUGAUGGAGUAGAUGGAUGCAGUGACGAGUGUGUGUGUUUUGAAAUGUUCACGUCAUCCUCCUAACUGUGACUGGGUGUAUACAAGCUACUGCAUUACAUGUUUACAUCCUAUUCUGUUUUGGUAUUCUGAUAUUAAAAUCACAACAGACAGACAGACUCGUACACACACACACACACACACACCAGCUACAACAGUCCUGCUAUGACUGCAAGUACUACUACUGUUUCUACUAAUAAUAUUAAAAUAAGAUUGUGACCAUUAUCAUCAUUGUUUAUAAGCGUCUGUAUUAUAAUAAUUAUAAUAGUGUAAGUAAAUGCAACUUUAUUAAUAUAUAUGAUCAGACCGUGAAUGAAGAUGUGAGAAGGGAAGUGGUUGAUAAGAGUUGAACAAUAUCUGAUAUAAUGCACAGAAAUAUAUUUAAUGACAUCUAUGUCAUUAUAUAUAAGCAUCUGUGUCAGUGAAUUACGAUCUGAAUGAACGCUAAACCUGACCAAUGGGUCUCUGUAGCGCCCCCUAGUGUUGUUGCCAUUGGUCUAAUUUCUCUGCAUCGGAGUUGAACUUUGCCUUUUGUAUCAUAACAUGCACACUUUUCUAGCAUAAAACGCUGAUAAUACCUGAUAAAAGAUGUAUAACAAAGUCAUAAAUGUCUCCCUACAAGUAGUUAACAAAUACAAAUACAAUUUACAAUAUUUUCAGUUUGAGAUAUUGCAUUACAUUCCAAGUGUUUUCCUAUGAGGAACUGAUAUUUUUUUAGAAUUCCAUAUCCUUUUCUGCAUUGAGAUAACUUGAUCAAAUGUGUUUUAUUGCCUAUACUGUUCAUUAUAUAACAAAUGCACAUAUGUGCAUAUGUGAUGAAAACAAAUAAUUUUGUUUGGGACCCAGGACAGCCAAUGUACAUGUUAGAAUGCAGACCAGUAAGUAUGAAAAUGUAUUCACUCACUACUGUAAGUGGCUUUAGAAAAGACUAUCUAUUAAAUGACUUAAUUGUAAAUGUAAAAUGAAUAGAGGAAAAUAUAUUAAUCAAUUAUCAAAGAACAGGACUGGCUCCUGCUGGAGAGAAGAUUAUCACAGAAAUAAUAUUUGCAGCUUGUUCUAUAAUCAUAAGAGGUAGAAUAGUGUAGUGUUAUAGUUUACUUAUCCAUAUUGUUUCAAAUUUACUCAGCCUAUUAUAAUUUGGUUAAGGAUUAGGUCAUUCCCACAAAACAUUCUGAAGUGUUUUUCUUUUAACAGAAUGUCCUCCUGGAUCACUGAGAUUAGGAUCUUUACUGGUCUUUUUCAUAAAAAUGAUUACUUUUUAUAAUCAGAUAUUUUACAUUUUACACCAAUUUCCAGAAAAAUUAUGAUUACUGUGCAAAAAUAGUAAUACAUACAGUACAUUUGUAUUCGUUUUUAAUUGUUUACAUUGCUCCUUUAAUGUAAAGGCCUGAGUUAUAACACUGAAUAUAUAAGGCCAAGUGGAGUAAAUGGGGUAUGAUGAAGGCAUGCAGUAUAAACAAAGACAUUAUCCUGCUAAUUUAAGAACUACUUCACAUGAUGCAUCAUGUGGGAAUAAAAUGAAUAAAACCUGUUUAUGUUUUUAAAGGAACUUGGAGAAAGUCCACCGACCUUGUGUUUGUACAAACUAAAUAUUGUAGUUUAAUUUUAACUUAAGUAUUUAAUUGUUGUGACCUACGGACAAACUACAGCAACAUUAUGUUGUGUUUAGGUUUUCUAAAGUAACAUUUCCAAAAUGAGAAUGAGAAUUUAUUCAAGAAACAUUUUAGUGAUACAUUAUUUGUUGAAAAUGCAUACAUUCUGGGAAAAGUUGAAAAUGUAUUUUAAAUAUUGCACCAAAACUUGAAAUUUUAGUUCUGAAAAUGGUAGAUUUUGGCAGAUACAUCAUGGUUUUGUAACAAUUUGUAGAGUACAUCAUAAAACAGUUUUCGUGAGAAUCACCCGAUUGAUUGAGAGAGAGAAUUAUCAGGAUUUCAGUGGUAGCAAUAAGAAUUGUGAAAAUGAUUACUGUAUCUUUUUUCCAAUAAAAUAGUAUCCUAUGUAUUUCUGUUCUAUUUAAUUGAGAUUUCUUCAUGCCGUGAAUUAUAUUGAAGCUGUGAAAAAUCGGGUCUGUAGCAAAAGAGGGAUUCAAUGUUUUUUUCCCUCUUAAUAUUAAUUUUCCUCCUCAAGUUCUUGGUAUUGCCUUCACUUCCUCCUCUCACUUGCCAUCCAUUCAUAGCCACCCUUUUGAACUUUAUUUAUCAUUUGUCUUGGUUUGUUGCUCUCAAAGCCCUAUUGUUGUAACCUGGGAUGGACUUGUUAAACCUGUCUCUUCUCUUUACAGGCCUCAUUUCUCAUUUCUUCCUUCCGUUGUAAAUGUUCUCCUUUAGAACCUUUCUUUGAGCAUAUUAUAGGAACUGUGCCUGACAAAAAAGUAGAUCAAAGUUAUUCAUAAUUUUUUUAUGAUUCAUAUAUGAUCAUUAUUAUUGUCAUUACUAUUAUUAAUAAUGUAAAUAUGUUACCAAUAUUUGCUAUAACAUUAAUGGUAAGAUUCAAUAGUAAUAAUGACAAUGAUGACAAUUUAUUUUUGCUAAGCAAUGCACUAAUGAAUUUGAGAUUGUUCAUAACUUAGAUCAUGUAUAAUGUUAGAAUUAUAUGAGAGUUGUUAUUGGAUCUGUGACUGGGGGUUGCUGACAACCAUGUCAUUGUUUUACAGCUGUUGAAUAAAUCCUAGGGGUAAAUCUG